CAUGCUUCAUUUGUUGAUAUUACACAAUUACUGAAUGAAAGUGUGCAUUGAGAGGCAGGAGUUAGUGGAAUAGAGGCUAGUCCAGACAUGAUCCCUUGAUUUUCGGUAGCAAUUUUUCCUAUGAAGAGCCUGCAUCAACAACAGCUGGUAAGAAAAGGUGACAGUGCUUCUUCACCUCAGACUGUGAUGUGUUGAAACUGAAAAGAGCUCUAAUGGCCAACUGAAAAAGUUAGAGCAGCUUAGAGUGCUGGCAGGCCAUCACAGAGGUGGUGAAUUUGCUUACCUGAUCCCAGUGCAGUCAGCUGCACAGGCCAUCAUUGCACAGGGUAGCAGCGCCCUCUGUUGUCUGCAGGAGGAAUGGCGGCCCUAAUGGAUGAUCAGACCUGAUCAACACGACUGUAAGGUGAAAAAAUGUGGUGUUGCAAGUUGUGACUUGUACAUUUCUGUCACUUUAUUCGGUUCUACAGUUCAAAAGAGGAGCUGAGGAGGGCAGAAAUGUUUAUCCUCUAAGAAAAACACACUGCAAUUCACUGCAGAUUUUUUAUCCUCCAUGCUCCUCAUUCUGUGCCAAAAAUAUUUUCAUGGCUAGUAGACAGGAGAAAUAACUGCAGUGGCCAGUAAGAUGGACUACUCUUUAAUACUCCCCGAUGUAUUCUGGUGUAGGUUUAUUAGUUACUGUGAAUAGGGAAAAUGUUUGAGAGAACAAACAAGGCCAUAAACUCAGAUCCACACAGAGAGCCACACACACACAGUGAGGUGGAGCCAUUGUUAGUGAGCCACAGGAGGCAGGGAACAGUGAUUUAUCCUGCUUACCUUUCUGUUUCGGUCUUACAAAAGCUUCCCAGGAGAGUAUUACGUUGCCUGGAAACUCUAUUUAACAGGGUCAGAGAUAGCAGAGAGGUAAAGAGAGACUGACACCUCAGCCUUCACCAGUCCUCUACUGAAGCCGCUGCAGCUGCCUUCUCUCCAGCACACAAGCCAGGAUGUCAGCUAUGCACUGGGAGGCCAGACGGCGUCAGAAUGCUCUGGACCGCAGGAUGGCCAGAGACCAGCAGCAGCUGCUACAGAGGGGCUCUGAGACCAGCCACAAUUCAACUGAAUCAAACAUGACACAAGAGCAGACAGCUGAAGGCCAGUGUCCCCACUGUAAGGGUGACUUAAAGACAACUGUCCACAACAGAGCCAGGGUCCCCAACAGAUACUCAUCUUUACAGUACACCCAGCAGUGGUGAGGAAGUCAAGUGACAGCACUGUACUCUGACAAUCUCGCUGGAUCACUGGAACCGCAUCAGUGUCAUACAAACACCAGUUUCAACAGUUUAUUCAUGGGUUUACAGAAAGAAAAACAAAAUGUGUAUAAGAAACUACUUACAAAACUAUUUUUCAAUACAACACACAUGGGCCAGCCCUCUCUAACUGUGCAGUUACUUUACAGCUGGUUCCACACACGUCUCCAUAGUGAGACCACUUUUUCUAAAACAUAGUAACGUAAGUAAAACACUUCGCGCAGAUCUCAGGAAUUGUUCUGUUCUUGAUUUUGGGGGUCAACUGUUUAAAUGAUCUAUUGUUACAGUAAUUUUGUGUUCAUUAGGUUUGAACAUAAAUGUAGCAUAACUGGAGUUUAAAAGGCCCAGACUUGGUGGUGGUGGAGUGAGAAAACAUGAUGAAUGAUGAAUUUUGAAAGAUUAAGUGAAUUAAUUCAUUCUGUGUGAAAGUGAUUAAAUGGAUUCACGUUUUACUACCCAGUCAACUGUGAAGUUUUGAAAAGUGGAAAAAAACCCAAUUGACCUUUGGCCUGUCUGUCCCUAUGUGAUAAGGCACUAAAAAUGAAUGUUUUUUCUCCCUGAAUUUAAAGCAUUACCUUUUAUCAUACCUUUGCUUAAAACUACCAAAUUACUGUUAAACAUGUUUUAAGUGUUAUGACAAUUGCCUUCAAUUAAAAUGUGCAUUUACACAGUAAGUACAGUGAUAAACAAAACUCAUAGCAAAGCAAUUCAACAGGGCUGUAACCAUUUCUUUACAGAGCUGGCGUUGAACCUGGGGGCAUUGUCAUGUUGAUAUUGGAAAUAAACUGGAAUGAAGUUAUACCAGUCAAU